GGCAUAUCCCAGCCCAAGGAAACCAUUGAAGCAGAAAAAGGUGGAACCAGAAGCGGAACUCUUCACGAAUUCCCGGGGGCUGAAUUGUGAGAAGGAGACUUCCACUCCCCAACCCCUCGUGAAUCAUCAGGAUAUUUACUUUUCCUUAAUUGUUUUCAUUCCUCUUCUUCUACCUUUUCACCUCCUCAAAACUUCACCCCUUCUUCUCCCUCUUAACUGCAACAAAACCAGAGCUUCUCUUGUUUUAUAAUUACACCUUUCUCCUUUUUUUCAUAUUUGGUUUCCUGUUCUUUGUUUGUCAUCUCUCCAAGUUACAUUCGGGUGCAGGCGAUAUGGAUUCCAUCACUGGCACAAGUUUGUACCCAUCUCACCGAUGUAAAACUAUUCACCUGGUGAGGCAUGCUCAGGGUAUUCACAAUGUAGCAGGGGAAAAGGACUAUGAUGCUUACAAUUCUUACGAUUAUUUUGAUGCACACCUUACUUCACUCGGCUGGCAGCAGGUGGAUAAUUUGCACAAGCAUGUUCAUGUAACUGGACUUUCUAAGAGAAUUGAGUUGGUCAUCACUUCCCCUUUAUUAAGGACCAUGCAAACAGCAGUAGGAGUCUUUGGUGGUCAAGGGUACGCAGAUGGGAUAGAUGCACCUCCAUUGAUGGUGGAAAAAGCAGGGAACAGUGAUCGUCCUGCAAUCUCAAGUCUAAAUUGCCCACCAUUUAUUGCAUUUGAGCUUUGCCGAGAACAUUUGGGAGUUCAUCCAUGUGAUAAGAGAAGAAGUAUCAGCGAGUACCAAACUCUUUUUCCUGCUAUUGAUUUUUCACUGAUAGAAGCCGAUGAGGAUAUUUUGUGGACGGCUGACACCAGAGAGACGAAUGAACAUGUUGCAAAGAGGGGAAUGGAGUUUAUGAACUGGCUGUGGACACGGAAAGAGAAAGAGAUUGCAGUUGUUACUCACAGUGGAUUCUUAUAUCAUACCCUAAGUGCUUUUGGAAACGAUUGCCAUCCAUCUAUAAAGAGUGAAAUAUGUAAACACUUUGCAAAUUGUGAGCUUCGCUCAAUGGUUAUUGUUGAUAGAAGUAUGUUGGGUUCAGAUUCUGCUACAACUAAUUUCCGUGGAAAGAUUCCCAGUGGUCUUGAUCUACCAAGUGAUGUUGCCGCUGAGAAGCAUCUGGUAAAUUAAGGCGUAAUGAAUUAUAGCCAGGGGUCCAUGAUCGAGCAGGAAUCCUGAUAUGGCAUAAAAUAAUUGCAGAAGUGAUUAACUGAGAGAGUUUACCUUAGUGCAAAAUUAUAGGUACAAAAAAAAUACUCAUGAGCUGGCUGUUCUUGUAGACAAUGUUCAUAAUUCAUUUUAAGGUGAAAUUAUGAACGAAAUUGAUUCAUAUUGUUAAACUCAAGAAUGUUGGAAACUUUCGAGAUUGUUGCAUGAAA